AUGGAACUCCCAAGGUCUCAAUUGCAUCUCUGUAUUUGGCCACAGCUACGGUAUUUGUCAAAGGCCAGCUGUUCAAAGCAGAACUACGACUACACCCUUCACUUGUCUGUGAAGCAAGUAGGUGGUGACACUCUUGCGCAUCACGAGGGUCGUCGUCAGUUGCAGAACCACGUCAAAAGACUUGUGGAUACUUGGCUAAAGCAAGUGAUCCUUCCAUUUGUACUUGACAUGUUCUUGCAGUUCCGAAAGGAAACUGAAUUCCUGAACGCAAUAAGCUCUCACAACACCCAGCAGCUCGCUCUGUGGUUCCGCCAAAAGCUAUUGGAAGAUUCGGUUACGAGACUUUACCAUUGCCUGCAAAAGCCCUGGGGAAAAGCCAUAUGUCUUGACACUAUCUUCCAUCCAGAAGCGGGGGACAACGAAACCGAAAAGGCUUUUCUCAAAAGCUGCCGCAUCUGGUGUGUUACCUUGGUCGCAACAGCUUGUGCAACAGUGUACUGCUACGCUGUACAGAUGGAGGCCAAUCAAAAAAUCCCUUUCCAAGAUUGGGAAGUCAUCAAAGAGACUAUAAAGGCCAUAUCGACACAAGGUGUUGCUAGAGGUCUCAAGCUUGACUACAAGAAGCUGCCAGCUGCGGAAGCCUUCGGCAAAAAGACAAGAGUUGUUGCGCGUCGCGACCAUGAUCCUGACAUGGACAACGUUGAUGGAUAACGUUUAUAGGGACAAUGUGUUCUGGGAUGAUUUUACAAUAAGAGGCAAGCCUCUUCGCGAGCCUUGGUUAGGAGAGGAAGCUUAGUAGGCGGUGGUGACAAGUGAUGGGAUGAAGGCCUGAUCUGGG